AUGCCACUUGUGUCACUUGAGAAAGCUCUCGAACCAAUAUCUCACUUUUUCAAUGGAAUCCUAGAAAACGCUUGGGUAGCGAAAGAAAAUUGUCAACAAUCUCUAGAAGGUCUAACCCAGGAUGAAUCAGCAUCUAUUCACCUGUACACAAUGCAAUUCGACGGUGGUCCCAGUCUUUUUUAUGUUUUAAAUCGAACUCUUCGAGCUGAGAAUCGACAAGACCUUCAACCAUGGUUUUCCUUUCUCAAACUUUUUCUUACAGCCUUACACAAACUUCCUUCUCAUGCCCAAACAGUUUGGCGUGGAGUACGAGAUGUGGAUUUAAGUUCGAAAUAUCCCAAAGGAAAAAAAGUUGCGUGGUGGGGAGUGAGUUCCUGUACUACCAAUGUUGAAGUACUCAAGAACGAGCAAUUUCUGGGGAAUACUGGCAUUCGCACAAUAUUUUCUAUCGAAUGUCAAAACGGUAAAGCAAUAUCACGCCAUUCUUAUUUCAGUGAUACUGAAGACGAAGUGAUCCUUAUGCCUGGAUCAUAUUUUGAAGUAAUUGGUCAACUCAAUCCAGCAGCUGGACUUUAUGUUAUCCAACUCAGAGAAAUCAAUCCUCCUUUUCCACUUGUGAAACCACCGUUUGACAAACCUGCAGCAUCGAUUCCAACAGAAAAAGUAGCGCCAUUAAAAACGGCUAAUCCAUCAGCAGCUAUAUCGAUUUCACCAUCACCUGUUCAGAAAUCAUCAACACAGGGAUCAUCACCACGUAUCAGCUCAGCAACAAUAGCUAAGCCACUUGCUCCCAAUUCAUAUGUACCAAAAGUCGAGACGCAAGCUGUUUCUCAAGCAACUAGUGAUUCUUCUGCAACAAAAAAGUUGGAUGUUCCUUACACAUCUCCAAACGGUAAAUUCAAAGUCGCCGCCUGUGAUAUGUCAUUGUAUUUACAAGAGCGCAUAAUCUCUAUUAUAAUUCCUGCCAUUGAGCAAGGUGGUAAGGAAACUAGUAUGGCUCAACGGAUUAAAACGUCACUAGACACAGAGCAUAAACCGACGUGGCAUUGUAUUGUUGGUGAAAACUUUGGUAGCCGUAUUACUCCAUACAAAGGCUAUUUUUUGUACGUGGCAUAUAAUAAAUACCAUGUAUUGGUUUGGAAAUCCGGUUAA